AUGAAGAAGACGGCGGCGGCCUCCAAGCGGGGCCCGGCCGAGGGAGGCCCGGGGGGCCCGGCGGUGCCGUCGGCGGCGCCCGAGAAGGUGGGCUGGGUGCGCAAGUUCUGCGGGAAGGGCCUCUUCCGCCAGCUCUGGAAGCAGCGCUACGUCCUCCUGCGCGGGGAGCAGCUCUUCGUCGCCGAGAAGGAGGUGAAAGACGAGAAAACCAUCCAGGAAGUGUUUGACUUGAAUGACUACGAGAAAUGUGAAGAGCUCCGGAAAUCCAAAAGCCGGAGCAAAAAGAACCACAGCAAGUUCUUGCUCUCGCACUCCAAGGAGCCUGGGAACACGGCCCCAAACCUGGUCUUCCUGGCUGUGAGUCCUGAGGAGAAGGAGUCCUGGAUCAACGCCCUCAACUCCGCUAUAACCCGGGCAAAGAACCGCAUCUUGGAUGAGGUGACUGUGGAGGAGGAGAGCUAUCUCGCCCACCCGACGCGCGACAGGGCAAAGAUCCAGCACUCCAGGCGACCCCCGACCCGGGGGCACUUGAUGGCCGUGGCAUCUACCUCAACGUCUGACGGGAUGUUGACCCUUGACUUGAUCCAGGAAGAGGACACUUCCCUGGAC